AUACGACUCACUUUCUUGUGACAGAGUACGUUCAAAACUCUAAUUCUCUAAACAAGGGUGUUACUAAUAGAAUAGAUACGUUUCUUUUUAGAUGCAUUUAGACAGUUAAUUUUGAAUAAAAGUUUGUUGUUUCCUUCUGUUAUUGGUACUUUAAUUAACUGUAAACGAUAAUUUUGAAUUUUUUCAAUCGAAAAAAUGAUGCUGAUUAACGGAAAUCAGAUUGGGAGUUUUGUUUAAAUAUUUUUGUGCAGUGUAGAAUUAAUUAAACAUGGCAUUUGAAAAAGUGAGUGCUACUGAUGAAUUGUUAAGCAUGAGAUGUCGGGAAAGUGACCACUUGAAAGGAUCAGCGUUCAGUAUUGAAAGAUUACUAGCUCCUUCUGAGAAAAGAUUUCAGGACAAUCAUUUUCAUCAACAACUUCCUUUAAUAAAUAACAAAGACGAAAAUACUGCAAAAUGUGUACAACACUUUUGUCAACAAGAAAAAAGACUUUCAGUGACACCGGAUUCUUCAAUGUCUGCGAUGGAAGAAAGUAAUUUUGAGGAAUCUGACAUUAUAUGCUCAACAACACCCGAACCAGACAUAACUUACGAAGCAUGUACGAGCAGCAUUGAUACGAAUUCUACAACCAGGGUUGAUAUGGAUGAAAAAGACAUUCACGACAGAAGUCCAAGUGCAGCUAGCGAUGAGGAGAGGAAGAAAAGACCCCGGACAGCUUUCACAGCAUCUCAGAUCAAAUCUUUAGAAGCUGAAUUCGAGAGAAAUAAAUAUCUCAGUGUCGCGAAGAGAUUACAACUCAGCAAAAGUCUAAAACUCACAGAAACACAGAUCAAAAUUUGGUUUCAAAAUAGACGAACAAAAUGGAAAAGAAAGUACACAAAUGACGUGGAACUUUUGGCGCAACAAUACUAUUCAAACUUGGGAAUUCCUGCUCCAAGACCAAUUUUCGUUGGAGAUCGAUUAUGGUUCUUUAAUUACCCAGGUCAACCGCAACCUGGAUCGCCACUUUUACAAACACAUUUAUCACCAAUUCUUUUACCAUCGUCUCUGCCCAUUGUUCAGCCAUUACCAAGUAACUUAUCAUCCGGACAACACGACACAAUUUUUCAUGAUGUACCUUCAAAUCAUCCUACUUAUGUAAUGCAAAGAAUAGACUUCAGGCAUCACGAGUCGUAAAAUAAUAAUUAUUAUUAAAAUGUAUAUUGUCCACAAAUUACAAAAUAUUAUAUUUUCCCCUAGUAGAUUAAUAACGAGAAAAAUUUAGUUAUUUCAAUUGUUCUUUAUACUUUUCUUUUUUUAUAAGUUUUCACUUGUU